UUUAGCAUGAAUUUAAAAACUUCUGGAAGCGUCUUUUAUUUGCAUUGAUAAGCAACCUGCCUUCAUCCCUCUAGGGUUUUGUUAUCCUCUUCAUCUCCAUUGCGCUACCUACCAACAUAAUCUCUCCAAUCUCCAUCCGGAAAUGGCAGCUGCUCAGAUGACCACCGCUGCAUCUUCAAGCGUUUUUCUGCCAUCUUUUGAAGGUCUUAGACCAUCAACACUCAAGGCUUCCUCCGUGUCCUUUAGAAUGGGUGGUGGUUUGACUCUCGGCUCAACCCGUGGCCUCGUUGUCAAAGCUGCGGCUACUGUUGCUCCUAAGUACACUACUUUGAAGCCGUUGGGUGAUAGGGUGUUGGUAAAAAUUAAGGCUGCAGAGGAAAAGACUACAGGUGGUAUAUUACUGCCAUCAACAGCACAAUCAAAGCCUCAAGGGGGUGAGGUUGUUGCCGUUGGAGAUGGCAGGACAAUUGGGCAGAAGAAGGUGGACAUAGGCGUGAAGACUGGUACACCAGUUGUAUAUUCGAAGUAUGCUGGGACGGAGGUUGAGUUUAAUGGGUCAAACCAUCUCUUAUUGAAGGAAGAUGAUAUUGUUGGUAUUCUUGAGACAGAUGAUGUAAAGGAUUUGAAGCCCCUUAACGACAGAGUUUUAAUCAAGGUCGUGGAGGCUGAGCAAACUACUGCUGGUGGCUUGUUGCUGACACAGACAACCAAGGAGAAACCCUCCAUUGGCACGGUGAUUGCAGUGGGGCCGGGGCCUCUGGACGAGGAAGGACAUAGAAAAGAGUUGACGGUGUGUGCUGGAAACACGGUUCUUUUCUCGAAGUAUGCUGGGAAUGAUUUCAAAGGGAGCGAUGGUUCGGAUUACAUUGCUUUACGAGCAUCUGAUGUCAUGGCUGUUCUUCCGUAGUUGGUUUGCUUUGCUUUAGGAAAACCGGUAUUUGAAAGAACAUUUUUGGCAUGUGAGAAAUCCUAAAGGCUUGAAUUUGUAGCUUAUUAAAUCUUUUUUUAUGAAAAAAGGCCUUGUGUGAAGUUGCUUGCAUGGCUAUUUAGUUCAGUGACUUGUCCAGAUGCAUGUUUUGCAAAA